CCCGCAGGUCACUUUCCAGUGUGUCACAUCCUUCUGCACAAGGGAGAGCAGGAAACGGCAAACUCCCAGUAUGAGGCAAAGCAUUCCCAUUGCAGCAAUUGGUCCACAGGAGCUAUAAAUUGGUCUCCUCCAGAAACAGAUCAAAACUUGGCUCUGGGGAGGUUGGCUGGAAAGUUAAGAGGCCAUGGAGAGAAACGGUGUUGCCUUUCCCCAAGCACCAGACCCCACACACCACUUCCACGUUUCCCUGCUGGAACAGAGACAGAAGCUCCGUGGCCACAUUGCUCACCUCCACAAGGCAGCUCGGAAACUCAACAAGCUCCGCCGGAGGUCCCUGAUAGCCAACCUCAGCGGGAGCACACUGACUGCUGCAGGAGCAGUCACCGCCAUCGUGGGGCUAUCCCUGAGCCCGGCCACCCUGGGAGCCUCUCUCCUGGCAUCGGCCGUGGGUCUGGGUCUGGCUGCUGCUGGCGGGGCCGUCAGCAUCACCUCCGACCUCUCCUCGGUGCUCUGCAAUUCCCGAGAGGUGAGGAAGGUGCAGGAAAUUGCAGUGACUUGUCGGAAGCAGAUGAGGGAAAUCCUUGGCUGCCUGGAGUUCCUUCGCCGGGGGCAGGGCCCUGGGGACCCCACGCUGCGCCAGUCGGAGAAGAGGGCUUCCAUCUCCUUGUACAACUCCGUCUGCUUCAUGGUCUUCUGCGGCUCCCACACCUUCCUCGUGCCAGAAUACACAAAGGAGGUCACAAAAGUCAGCCAAGCUGUGCUGAAGGCCAAAAUCCAGAAGCUGGCUGCCAACCUUGAGACCUGCACCAGGGCAAUGGAUGAAGUCUGUGAACUUCUUGAGUCUAGGACAGAGCUUUCUCAGUGUAUGAGGAGACUCAAUUUGGGUUCUGUAACCACUGCUGAGAUCUCGAGACCAUCCAGCUGAAACAGGGUUAGGCCCAUAAUUGAAACCAGGCUUGGAAACAUUACACUAUGAACUGUCACCAUUGGCACUGCUGCCUGUUGCUGUUGGAAGGUUGGUGGUGCUAAUCCACACAGGUGUGAACACCUCUCAAGAUCUGAACACAAACUCCUUCCUGAUAAGAAGCUGAAACUCACACACACACACCUGACAACAGCCACAUGAUUCAGGCUGGAGGUUAUGAUGGACAUUGCACUACUGUGCCCACAGCAGCAGAUCCCAGAGCACUGAAGGCAGGGUUAGGUGGCUGUUCUUCAGCUCCGGGUUUCCCCAGCCACCUCUCCAGCUCUGCUUACCCAAGGCAGCAAAAAAGAAGCUGAACAGGAGGCUGAGGAAAUCCCUGCAUUCCUGGUGCUGACUGAACCUAGUUUGUAAGUCACUUGUGAACCUAAAAGGGCUGAGGUACCCCCAAAAAAGGCAGCAGCUGCCAGUUUCUAAUAGACUACAGUCUGGUUCCCAAGGUACAUCUGGAAAGCCUGUUGAAGGAAGCAGCUCCAGAUAUGACAGACUGCAUGGAUGGUUCAUCAGCCCUGGAUGAAAUAGCAGGGCCAGAAAUUGUUAUGCUUUUUGAAGAAGCUUCUCCAGGCUCAGAACUGUGAUGGUUUUGUUCUAUUUAUUUGCAUUAAGAUUAUUUUGUUGGGUUUUGUUUUAAUAUUGUAUUUAAAGAUGUAUUUUUUUUUUUCUUUUAAAAAGAAGGCCUCUGCUCCAAAGGAAAGCAGCUCCUCUUAGAGGCAAAGCAAGUCUGUGGCAUGUGAGAGCAAGUUUCCUGUUCUUUGGCUGUGAGGGAGGAAAGGUCACUGCAGGGAAAGGAAAGCAUGGCCUGAAUGCUGAUAGUUAUAAAAUAGGUGAAGCUCUGUCAUCCAGCGACAGAACUUAGGAACCAAAAUGGGAAGAAGGACAGGUUAGGGAGCCUGGAACCAGAGUCUGCCUCAGGGCACUGGUAGAAGAAAGCAGUUCUAUAUAUUUUGCAGCAGGGAGGGAAGCACAGGUCGGUGCUACUGCUCUGACCUGGAGCCCACCUAUGAUGAGAGCACAUCUGAGGGAUGGAGGUGCCACUCUCCAUGAAGCUGAGCAGCCUGUGAGACCCACAGGGUUUUUUUCCUGUGAAGAGGAGGCAGCACUCAUGGAGACAUACACAUACUCCAAUUAAUGCUUACCAGGGAAGGCUUCAUGUUAGCAAAACAUAUAUUGGUACUAAUAUUCAAGAGGAGUUCAGAGAAGUAGGGUGAUUCAGUGACAGGGCACUUAAAAAGCAGGAGGAAGGGGUCCUGUUUCAAGUGACUGUUCUGCUAGAUAUAUCCUUCAUGAUUUUUUGACCCAUCAGUGCCUCAGUUCCCCAAAAAUGAGGACAAUAACACUUCCCUACCUCACAAGAAUACUCCUGGGACAAACAUCGAGAAGUGCUCAAGUGCUGUGAUGAUGGGGAAGGUGUCUGCACCUGGAAGAGGUACAAGGAAAAGACCCCAGAAACUAGCUUGAGACAACUAGAGGAGUUAAUACAGGGAUAACUCCAACUCCACCACUAUGCCCCAGUGGAUAAGGGAAACUUCCCUACAGAUAUAUGAAUGAAAAUGAUCAGAAAAAUAACCAACCAAACAAUACUCUGUAAUUCUGCAACACCGAGCCAGCUCUUAGGAAGAGCCACACUCCAUCUCACAAAGCUUCAACAAUCUUUGUCCUUUUUGUCUCUUCCUCUCAUGGAAUCAACAUUUGUUUUUACACAGAAGAAGAACACAAGCAUUAGUCCCUCAGAGUGUGACUCAGAUGCUUGCAAUGCCUGUGUGUGUUUGUCAGAAAUGAACAAGUACACUGCUGGUUCAAUUAAAUGAAUAUGAAGCA